AUGUAGGGAAAGAGAUCCACAAAAGGAACCGACCCCGGGGACAGUUUUUCCUUGAUGUUCCUCUACCGCAAGGUUCCCACGGGUCGAAGAAAAACUGGAAAGUCAUGGAAUUUAAGAAUUUCAUUUUCCAGGCCAAGGCACGAAAUGCAAUUCUCGGUACUGGAAAGUCAUCGAAAACUGAUUAAAGUUAUGUUAGGUAGAUAAGUUAUCGCAGAUGUCAAAGCAAGGCCGGACAAAGUAAGAUAGAGAAAAGUAAUUAAACAGCAUUAAACAGCGUUUUGGUGGAUACCAGAGUUUGUAUCUCUUAAACUGAGUCUGAAAAAAUACCCCAAAACAAGAAUGGGUUUGAAGAUUUUCGAAAGUGACAGCUAAACCUAGGGUCAAGGAAAAUUAGGCAAGUUGACGGAAAAAGUCGUGUAAUUUGACGAGCUCAAAAGAGUAUAAAUCUUGUACCGGGUAUCCCAUGAUGCUUUGGCAAUUACAAAGCUACUUUUUAGUCUUGAAUCUAUCGCGCAGUCAUCAGAACAGAAAGUCCCAGUCCGCUACUGACCAAUCCAACUGAAAUAAGAGAAGAGGACUUAUUUCAGAGCAUCAGAAUGCGGGGAUUUGUUGUUUUCCUCUGUUACUGGGCAGUCAGUAGUGCUUAUAUCCUCAGGCAAGAGAAAGAUGAAGAAUGGAAAACGAGAAAGACUUUACAGAACAAAGCCUACACCACCGAGAGGAGGGAGCAAACUGCGAGAAGAACAAUCUGGACCCAAAACCUCAAGGUACGACACGAAACGGUUAUUCUAGUCACACAUUUUCUUUUUCUCCUAUUUCAAUGACGAUGUACAUUUAACCUUGCUCACAUUUACGAAAAGAGGGAAGACUGUGUGGCUAAGGUUAGAAUUACAUUUCAAGCAAUUAGUGAUGAAAAACAAAUAAUGAAGCAACCACAGGCAAGCCAGCCCUCUAUUCACGUGGCCGCUGUUCAGUUACCGGCUGAGAUCUGAGCAGUGCUGUAUAGAGCGGUACAGAUGAAUGUUGCGGCGUUUCCAUUUUGUUCCAAAAUACUGUUUUGAGUGGAAAAGUUUCAAUAAAAGCUUCAACCAUGUUACCCAAGUCAUGUGUCUGUCUUUCGCCUUUUCGGGCGGUUUGAAGCGUUGAAUUUAUCUAUAAAGAUGAAUGAAUGACCGUUAAAGAUGAUAACUUAUAUUUAGAACUACAAAUAUUUUCUCUAGUGUGCUACUUCUUUUACUUCACUGUUUAAACUUUAAAAUAUUUUGGUCUAGUGUAUUUUCUUUUAUAUUUCGUAGUCAGUUUUUGUAAUUUGUAUUUUAAAUAAGGUAUUAUUCAACACCUUUUUUAUCUGUUUCAUAAUGAGCUCCAAGUUUUAUUCAAUAGUAUUGUUUUGUCACCACCCUUUGCAGAAAGCCUAAUUGUGAUGCUUUUUUUUUGACAAAUGUUAAUUUAUGUUAGAGGUGAUCAGUGAACUAGUGUUAGCAAGUGUUACUGCAUUGUUCAUAUUCUUGGGUUGCACGUGACGUCACCAAAAAUCGAACAAAGAAACUAUCGAUUCUUCUGAGUUUCUACUUUCACGAGGUAUUACAGUACCUAAACACCUUUACAUAAACAGAUUUUUGGUUCGAAAGGGUUCUUCGUUUUGCGAGAGAGGACGCUUGAAUUUCCAGGCUUUUGCGUGACGCGGCAUUUAGCUGGCGGCAGGGAAAGCUCUUAUGUGGGUCAAAAACAUUACCGAUUUUCGGAGAUUUUGCAAUCUCAGAAUAAAUAUUACUGUAAUCUUUAUGAGUUCCUAAAGCGAAGAAUUCACGCAUUAGUAGGAAAACUCGAAAACAGAUGUUUCUGUUGGUAUCCGGCGGCCAUAUUGGUGUUCCUGAAAAGGACACCAACAUGGCGUUUCCAUACAAAGCUUUAUAAAUUUAGGUAAACCGUUUUUCCCAAUAUCUCGCAUUUGAAAUAUUUUACAGACCUGACUCUUGGCAAGGGUUUUUGUAUAUUUAUCUUUUUUCAUUUCCCAGAUUCUAGUCCUUCUGUAUUGAAUGGUUUGCAUUUUUAUUUGUUAUUGCGUGACAGUGCAAGCCGAGAAUUGCCUAACUUGAGUGUUGUAUCCCUUGGAGACAGUGGCCUGCGUGUGAACCCAGACUCUCCCCAAUCCCCCUCCCUUUUUCCCCUCCUCCCGAUCCCCUACCCCUUUCGACGACUGCCACGCAGGCUAAGGAGACAGCUGAUCGUCGCCGGGAAUCUGGUCCAAAUUUGUUUUUUCCUUUCCUUUCACUAAUGUCCAAAACUUAUCGCUUCAGUUUAAGGCGUAAAAUUUAAGAUUCAAGUUGUGCGAGUCGGCGUCAAGUUGUGAAAAGGUAUGUGUGGUGAAUGUGUUACGUUUGAGAUAAGUUGAAGUAUACUUAUUGCUUGGCAGCAUCUCGCUUUCCCUGCUAGCAGAGGUCUCUCACGACGAGGCAAAAAUGAGAGAAAGGAGAGAGACCUCUGCCGGCUUCCGACGCGUUUCCUAUCACGCAUGCGCUGGCGUUUCCUUAACAACCAGUGACGUUUUUCUCACGUGCGACACAACCCACAGAACCGGUUUGCGCGCGAAACUUCAGCUGAAGGCGGGGGUAUAUGUUGUGGAGAAUUCUUCGCAAUGUGAAACGAUGCCGAGAACUCCACAAUCUCGCAAAUUUGGGGAAAGCGCGUCACCUCGGACGCCCAUUAAACCAGUUGGGUCUGGAAAAGACGUUAGAUGCCUUUUGUGUGGUUUAGAUUUUAAAGGUGAAAGGUGUUGACAGGCCAAACACGACUCAUAAGCUCGUGAUAGUGUGAUACGUGACCUUAUAGUUUUGCUCUAACGAGGAUAUCUCCCAGCGAUUUUGCUCUUUUAUAUGAAAUGAUCGGAGGCUCGUUGUAUAUUUCUCUCAGUAGUGGUUGAUCUUGAAUUAAGUGCCAUUUGCUCAUUAAAAUGUUUUUAAGGUUCGGCAAAGCAGGGUGGUAUGUGGUAACGAAAGGCAGAAUUUUCUUUCGCACUUCAUUGUUCUUUUGUAAAGCUGACUUCCGUUCGGUAAAUUUAACCUCAGAGGUGAGUUUUUGUGUGAGAUUGAUUUUGAAGUUGUAGAUGUUCUCAUAGAAGGAUUUAGCUGAGGAGUUCAAAGGAGAGACAACUAAAACCACUGGUUCUGUAGAGAAGAGAUCCUUGUAAUUGUAAACAACAGGUAACUCGGCCGCCACUCGUACUGCUAGUUGGUAAAUUAAAAAUUUGCCGUAGCCCGUCGGGAGACACGCAAACGUAUCGCGUCCUUUAAGGAAACCAAGUAAGACUUUUCUUUGUAGGGAAGUUAUUUCUUUUAUAUAUACGUUUCUCGCCAAGCUUAGAAACGGACGAUUUUAUGGCUUGAUCAAAGUGAGAAAUUUCGAAACUCGCGGAUCUCAUGAAAGCUAUAAUUCACUGUGGGCUCAAUAAUUGUCAGCGUACAGUUUAACAAGGCACGCGCAUUACACAUUAAACGUAACCGGUUUUAAAAACCGGUAAGUUUCGACCAGAAAUCUGGUCGGCGGCUUCAUCAAACAACGCGUCGGAAGCCGGCAGAGGUCUCUCUCCUUUCUCUCAUUUUUGCCUCGUCGUGAGAGACCUCUGCUAGCAGGGAACAUCUCGCUACGGAAGAGAGCUAGGGCGCGCCUUUCUCACGUGGUACGACUCGUAGGAAGUGGGUAGGCGAGAAAAGUGCGUCAUUUCUCCUUUUUUUUUUCCAGAAAAUUGCCAAACACGAUGACUUAGGUUACUCUCAGGAGCCAGCUAUGAACCAGUUUGGGGACCCAACUCGAGAAGACCGAGCCAUUUACAUGGGAAGUUCGUCGAAGAAAUCGCUUCCAAGUAGCUUCAAACCUCAGCUGCCAGAUUCAGUGGACUGGAGAGAUAAGGGAUUUGUAACUCCAAUAAAAAAUGAAGGUGAACUCGAUUCAUAAUUGUGGGACUUAAUCUGAAGUUAGAAGUACUAACUUGAAAAUCUGAUGUUAACAGUCACUCGGACUUUUGUCUAGCUGAUAAACAUGUGGUAUUGAGAAUACUUAGUUUUUGUUUAGGGAAGAAAAACGGCAAACCUGGCAAGAAAAACUUUGAAUGGAAAGAGAAAGUCAACAGCAAACUUGCAUAACAGCGCUAGCGUCUGUUGCAACGACGAGAGAAUCGAUCCCGCUUGGAGGUGAAAAGCGCGCAACAGCCUAUUGACCAAGCAUGGCUCUUGCUAUUGACUCAAAGGGCUUUCAAAAAGAAUGUGAGCGAAUAUACUAACGUACGAUUCCAUCCACGCGUAUUCUAUAUAGUUUAGCGAAGGAGUAUCAGAAUUAUGGAAGGUCAGACUUCGCCUUUUGUUAAAAUAAGUGGGAAAGAUGAAAUGCAUGCGGAAGGGCGGUUAGUUUAUAAAGAAAUUGGGAAGUUACGUCGGUAGGGAGCGGAAUACAAUUUUUGCUAUCAUUAACUGAUAGGGCUAACGCUCAAAACGUCAAAAAAAAACUCGGAUAAGUGUAUGCCGGCGGCCCACGAUCUUAAACCAAAACUGGAAAGUGAAACCCAAUUCGCUGUCCUAAUACUCUAAAGUAAAGUUCAGUUUUAACAGUUGUUUUUUUCCUCGUGUGUAGCUGGGAAUGGUACCCUCUCUAAGGAUCACACCGGCAACACAGCGCCAACAAUGGCAAAAAUGAUACGGUCAUUUAAUAACGGAGACCCGAAAAAACCCCGCCCUAUCGGACGGCACAUACUUAUAAAGCCCAUGUAUGGGAGUACUCCUCCCGAGCCAUGUCCCCCUACGGUGGCUAAGCUCUUGAUUCUAUCCGAUCAGUUGGUGAUGCCCUAAAAAAUUCUAUUUCAACUUCCCGCCGACGCAACACUGACCACUUCAUUCAUCUUUCUUCCUAGUUACUCUCUCUUGUAGUCUUUCUCAGCAGCCUAUAUUUCAUCCUCACUAUAGCUACCCUGCGAGUAGAGGUUUCUUCUCUUACAUGACUUUUAGCGUUAACGAAGUCGUUCGCGUGGUUUGUCAGUCGCGUAGUUGGUUUGUUUUGUACGCCCCAGGAGAAACGGGGGUGUAAACAAACCAACUACAAACCUCUGCUCGCAGGGUUAUUAUUUAACAAUUAUUCCCCGAGCUCGAAUGGGCUCGGAGUCAAUAGCCCAUGAGGCCGAAGAGCUAUUGACUCAGAGGCUGUGAGGGCGAGAGGAAUAAAUGUAUUAGUAAAAUCCAACUAGUUGGUCAAAAAUAUCGAGAAUAAACAAAUUUUAGCUAGUUAAAAGCUAGAUUUUAAUCCUUUUUUGCCGCCAAAAAGCCCGCGCGUUUCGCUACUAGGGGGCUAUAACAUAUAGCCAAGUAGUAGCUCAACCAAUCAGAAUGCAGCAUUGAUAAUAGACCACUAGUUGGAUUUUACUAAAGCUAGAUAUCUUUCAAUUUUUGGCACUGAUAAAAUUACCCAUUGUAAACGGACCCCUCUGUUCCGCUGACUUAGGCCAGUGUGGCUCGUCCUGGGCGUUCAGCGCGACUGGAUCUCUAGAAGGACAACACUUCAGGAAGACUGGAAUACUUGUGUCUCUCAGUGAACAGAAUCUCAUUGAUUGCACCAAAAGUUACGGCAAUACAGGCUGCCAUGGGGGGUGGAUGGACAAUGCGUUUAAAUACGUAAGAGACAAUGAAGGAAUCGAUUCCGAGGCAGGCUACCCAUAUUAUGCUAGAGAUUUGGGAUAUUGUUAUUUUCGAGCAGAGUACAAUGCAGCUACAGCAACUGGUAAGAAUAAUUGAUCAAUGAACAACAGUAGUAUCGUAUGGCAGCUGUCCUCCGAAGACACAUUCAUACAUACACACGUAAUUCGGACCACACGAAACAGCACUGUCGCAAUAAACGAUGAUCACUCCUGAAGCCUGAACUUCAGUGAGGUUACACCUAUACACAUACACUGUCUGCCUGUAGCCAUUACGACUCCUGAGGGAGGAUUAUGAGGUUAUCUCUCCUUACAGAUAACCCACCCAGCCCAGGAAAGGUUGGCCACACCACCGCGGUCUACGUUCGAAAAGUGCUAUUGGCGUGCCGGUAAUUUACGUCCGACAAGAAACAGAUGAGCGAAAGUGCUGUGAGACGGGACCCCUGUUUUUUCGAACUUAUCCGAGAAGACUAGAAAGUGUAGCCGUUUACAGAUGUUAUUUCAAAGGCAGCACUUUCUUCUCAUAUAUUUAAAGACCCUGAGUGUUGGUCCGGCCGGGGUUUGAGAUAUCAGCUUUGUAAAAAAAAUCGACCAGAAGUUUUUUUUAGCCACCAGAAAUAGCUAGCUGAUAUAUACAAUGUUUUAAAACAUUCGACGACCCUCUUUUGCAGAGGGAAAAUAAAAGAUGUACUUUAAACGAAGAUUAUACAAGCCAUCAAAUUCCAUUUUCAUUUGGCCAUUUCCUUACAUGAAUUACCUAGAUCAAUCAACCAAUCAAAGUGACGGAUUGGCCGGCCGAUGCCAGGGCCUUUUCCCGCCACAGCUCCAUAGCCAGGGAAAAGCGGCCUGGGGACGAGGUUGAUAUGGUAACAGUACUCUAUCUAAGGAUCACACGGGGAACACAACUCCGACAAGGGCAAUAAUGAUACCCUCUAUUUAAGGAUAGAGACCCUCAAAAACCAUACCCAUACCUACCUAGCCCAUAUAUGGAAGUACCCCCCUCCUACCCGAGAGUAUAACCUACGUCCUCUUUUUUCAUUGCAGGAUUUGUAGACCUUCCAAGUGGAGACGAGAUAGCUCUAAAACAAGCCGUUGCCACCAUCGGACCAAUAUCUGUUGCCAUUGAUGCCACCCGUCCCUCAUUUCAAUCAUAUCGCAGUGGGGUCUAUAUUGAGCCGUAGGUAUCAAUACGCAUUAUGGGGUCACCAAGAAUAGGUAGGCCUUUUGCAUUAGUUGAUCACGUGAUCAACUUUUGGUAAACACGAAAACAGUUCGCUUUUGAAAAAUUUUGUUAGCGCGAGCUGAAAGAGCAUAUUCAAAUUAGGGCCUGUGAAUCUUCAGUGUAUAUCUCAAAAAUAGCGAUCGGAACGGCCGCCCAAAAUUUGGCCCAUUGGGCCUAAUCAAUUGCUUCUUUUCUCGGGACAUGAGUGUGACCAAAAGAGAAUAAUAGGACGGGCGGGAAAUCUAAGGUCGGUGGCCAGGAUAUGUGAAUUUCACUAAAGUUAUUUUUAGAGGCAGAAAGUCCAAUUCCUGGGACGUCUGCACAUUUUAAUUGAUUGUUUGAAACGUCAUCAAGUCCGCGCGUGACUGUCUCAAUGCAGAAUAUUUUAAUGGUGACACAUCAAGAGAGCAUAAUGUCCCAUUAAUCUCUCUUGAAACAUUGAUUAAAGCGGACAUCUCCGGAAACCAAUUUCCGCUUAACUCAAGCGUUUAAUUGGUCUAAAAACAACUUUGGUGAAAUUCACAUAUCCCAACGACUAGACUGGGCGUUUCCUUCUCUGUCCCAUUCAUCUCUCUUGGUCUGACCUGGCAGUAGGCUUAGGCAAUUCUAAUUUUCAGGCUGCGUACGUAGUUAUCACGGUUUGAACACUGUAGGCCUCUCGGUAAGAUUAGGGAGCUUACGAACCUUCCAAGCUAUUUCGCGAUCAUCCUAAGUCACCCUGUUACUUAAAAGAGGGGAAUUUAUAUUCGAGUUGAGAGAGGGGACCGCGCCCGAGUUCAGACAGAGAUGGUAGAAUAAAUCGCCUCGUCUUUUCCGUUCUCAAGUAAAUUUGAACUGAUUUGGUCAUUUCGAGUCUUGGUUGUGCAGGAACGGCCAAGAAAUGUACAAAAAAAGCUUGAUGCACGUGCAGAGUUGUUGUUUUGCCCAUUAAACCUAUUGCUUUUUUUAAUGUUCUCGUUGCCCUCGCCGUCGUAGUUUCGUAAGGUCCCUGAUAUUAUUACUCAAAUCGGCCACGCGUGUCUUGUCGUCCGUAUGUAGAAGGAAACCAUGGGAUUAACUGUUAGUCUUGAAAUAGCUCUAAUACUUUGGUCGUCCACUCAACAGCGUAAACUUAUCGCUGGAAUUUCUUAGUUCUUCCACUUGCCUAUCUUACAAAAUAACAAGAUUAAUUCUUAACUUGUACAACGAGCAAAACUUCAUAUUAAGAUUUUUUGUUAAUCGUACUAGAAAAAGAUUAAGAUUACAACCAAUCAGAAGCACUCAGUACCCAGAUCUGGGUAGUGACAAGUCAUCAGUAUGCAGACCCGUCUAUGGAAUUUCUGCUCAGACUUCAUUCCGUGGAAACCGCGCGUUGGAGACGUCGCCAAAUGUCGGCUUUUUUCGCGGGCAACAAUCUUGCUCGCUUUUAUGGCAACUACCUGACUGAGUGCUAACUCGGACGGAAAAAAAGCCUGGCCGUGUUGGCUAUGAAGUGAUCUCAAGAACAAUCAGGGUGAUGAGACUAAUAAUAUGAUUGUAUGUGAUUUUUCAGAGCCUGCGGCAACAGUCUCUUUUCUUUAGACCGUGCUGUUCUUGUCGUUGGAUACGGAGCUGAAAACGGCCAAGACUAUUGGCUGGUCAAGAAUUCCUGGGGGACUGACUGGGGAGAUAGAGGCUACAUCAAGAUGGCAAGAAACAAGAAUAAUCAAUGUGGAAUUGCCACAAAGGCCAGCUAUCCUCUUGUUUAGAAAUUGCAUACCCGUGGGGGCUAUCCUCAGAUGGGGAUGGUUCUGACUUUAGGCAUUAGCUUCUAAACUACUUAAUGGAAAUUAAACGAUGUUACCAAGCGUAACUUGUCUUUCAC